UGUGAUGGGGGCAUUUACCUCACACAGAUGGUGAAACAGUUAAGGUGGGCUGGCGAGGCCAAUUAACACACCUGAUUUCACCUACAGGGUGGGCCAGGCCUAUUUAAAAAUGAAGCUCGGCUAGAGAGGAGUUGGGUGGUUUCUAUAAAAGGAGGAAAACCAAAGCAGGAGGAGGCUACAUGGAAAGACCUCUGCAGUCCCUCUCUGAGUACCAGAGACUGUAUGCAGGAGGUACAGAGAUGUCACUGGGAUGGAACAUGCUCUGCCAGUGAGCACUGGAAAAAAAAAGGGGGGGGGGCAGGACCUGGACUCCAGGAAAGAAAUCCAGCAAGGCACUCAACUGAAGAGCUUCAGGAGGGAGUUUAUAUGCCUGGGGCAGGUUCUGAUGGAAGAGUGAAAGGAACUUCUUGAGUGGACUUGAUAAAAGCCAACAGAUAGGCAGACAAUAUUAGGGAUAGACAGACGAGGAGGAUCCAAAGAAGAGGCAAGGCUCCAGGGAAGUAACUUGUGAGAGUGAGCAUUCUCCAGAAGAAUAGAAAGCUGGGGGAGACUCCAGGAUGGACUAAAAAUUUAAACCUGAAGGAAGGGGCAGAAGUUGCUUUCGUUUUGGUUUGUAUUUCGCUUUUGAGUUUGGUUGAAAUACUCCAGGGAAAAGUCCUAGGGCCAGUAUUCUGACAGAAAAAGGGAAUGGAAGAGGAGCCCUGGAAGGGCAGGAGAUGUCAUAUUGAUGACCAGUGCUGUGUGGGACAAGGUCCCUUUGGGACGUUGAUACUGUGGAAGAGGAGAGUCUUUAACGUGGCCUGGCUGGAGAUCUGAGUCACAGGAGAGACACUGCAGUGCCAGAGUGGAUGUCAGCAGGGAGUGCUAGAUGAGCAAAGACUUAAUACCCACACCCAGCCAUAAGAGGGUACAUCAGUAAUGAGUCCACUCUUCUAUGGCCAUUUAAUACUGCAGAAUCCAGGCUUGAUUUGAAGAAAAAAAAAAAGUACCAAGUGCACAGAUGGUAUACCAAUUAAAGAAAAAACAUCAGUCUGAUUACACUAUCCUGACUGGAAGUGAAGUGAGGAAGGAAAGGGGGAGCAACACUGACUUCCCCAAAAGAGCACUUUGGAGAAUGAAAAAAAUCCAAAAACAACAAUCCCAAAUCCAAAGGGGAAGUCCAGCUCAGACCAGUGAUUAGAAAGGACAAUUACCAAGAGCUAUCGUGAUGUUGACAGGGAAACAAGCGGACCCAGUGAAUGGAAUUCAAACUCCUGUAACCUAGUGCGCUGAACAUCGAUGGGACCCAUUCCUAGUCUGAUUCCAGGUUGUAAAGCCUAUUAAGCUUCGAUUGUUGCCUGGGACCUCAAUCCUCCAGCUAGUUGAAAGCCAUCGGAGAGGAGCUCCAGGGAGUCCCUUGAUGUUCCUCUGGGUCUGAAGAAGAGUAGAUGGUAUGUCAGGGGACAGUAGCUGAAGAUGGAUGAUGUUUUCCACUUGUCCCACAAAGUCACCCGGGUGGUUCCAGAGAGCGCUCUGCUGAUUGUCCUUGGCCUCUUUCUGGGCGGUAUCGUGUGGGCUGCAGACCACAUUGCCUCCUUCACCCUUACGCCAAAUGUAUUUUUCUUCUACCUGCUGCCACCCAUUGUCUUAGAUGCUGGAUACUUCAUGCCAAACAAAUUGUUUUUUGGAAAUCUUGGUACCAUCCUUCUGUAUGCUGUAAUCGGGACUGUAUGGAAUGCUGCCACAACAGGCAUGUCUCUCUAUGGUGUCUACCUGAGUGGAAUAAUGGGCCAGCUUGACAUUGGGCUACUGGACUUUCUUCUGUUUGGCAGUCUGAUAGCUGCAGUGGACCCUGUGGCUGUACUGGCCGUGUUUGAAGAAGUUCAUGUCAACGAAGUUCUGUUUAUUAUUGUUUUUGGAGAAUCUCUGCUGAACGAUGCUGUAACUGUGGUGCUGUACAAUGUGUUUGAUUCUUUCGUUGCAAUGGGAGCUGAUAACGUGACUGGGGAGGACUGCGUAAAAGGCAUUGUGUCUUUCUUUGUGGUGAGCCUGGGUGGAACAUUUGUUGGCAUUGUCUUUGCGUUCCUGCUUUCCCUGGUCACUCGCUUCACCAAGCAUGUCAGAAUCAUUGAACCUGGAUUUGUGUUUGUGAUCUCAUACCUGUCCUACCUCACAGCAGAGAUGCUUUCUCUUUCUGCCAUCCUUGCGAUAACUUUCUGUGGUGUCUGCUGUCAAAAAUACGUCAAGGCUAAUAUUUGUGAUCAGUCUUCUACCACCGUGAGGUACACCAUGAAAAUGUUGGCAAGUGGAUCUGAGACUAUUAUAUUCAUGUUCCUGGGAAUUUCAGCUGUAAAUCCAGACAUCUGGACGUGGAACACAGCUUUUAUACUAUUGACUUUGGUCUUUAUCUCAGUGUACAGAAUCAUUGGUGUAGUGAUACAGACAUGGGUUCUAAACCACUACAGAGUGGUCCAGCUGGAAAUAAUAGAUCAAGUGGUAAUGUCGUAUGGUGGACUACGGGGAGCUGUUGCUUUUGCUCUAGUUGCACUUCUGGAUGAGAAAAAAGUGAAAGAGAAAAACCUAUUUGUCAGCACAACUAUCAUUGUUGUGUUCUUUACUGUUAUAUUCCAGGGUUUGACAAUCAAGCCUUUGGUACAGUGGCUAAAAGUGAAGAGAAGUGAGCACAGAGAGCCCAAACUGAAUGAGAAACUCCAUGGCAGAGCUUUUGAUCACAUUCUUUCUGCUGUUGAAGACAUAUCUGGACAAAUAGGACAUAAUUAUCUGCGAGACAAGUGGUCCAAUUUUGAUCGGAAAAUCCUCAGUAAAGUACUGAUGAGAAGGUCUGCUCAAAAAUCAAGAGACCAGAUUCUUAAUAUUUUCCAUGAGCUCAACCUGAAGGAUGCUAUUAGCUAUGUGGCUGAGGGAGAGCGUAGAGGUUCCCUGGCUUUUAUUCGUUCUUCAAGUACUGACAACAUGGUCAAUGUGGACUUCAGCACUCCUCGACCAAGUACUGUAGAGGCCUCUGUCUCCUGUUUACUGAGAGAAAAAGCCAGCUCCGUUUGUCUUGAUAUGCAAGCCUUAGAGCAGAGGAGAAAAAGCAUACGAGAUACAGAGGAUACAGUCACUCACCACACACUGCAGCAGUACCUCUACAAACCCAGACAAGAGCACAUACAUCUGUACAGUCGGCACGAGAUCAUUCAGAAUGAAGACGAAAAACAAGACAAGGAGAUUUUCCACAGGACAAUGAGGAAGCGCUUAGAGUCUUUCAAGAGUACCAAACUAGGAAUAAACCAGCCCAAAAAGCUCAACAAAAGCCACAAGAGAGACCGGGGCCAAAAAAGGAGAAAUAGUAAUGCCAUACCAAAUGGAAAAAUACCUUCAGAAAAUCCAGUGCAAGAUUUUACUUUGAAGGAAAAAGAUGUGGAAUUUUCUGAUCCAGAAGAAAAUUAUGAAUCUCUUCAUAUGGACAAAGGAGUUGACUUUUUAGCUAAUGUCACCAAGCAGAAUUGCACAGAUGCUACCUCUGGAAUUGAUAACCCAGCAUUUUCAGCUGAUGAUGAUCAAAGUAUCUACAUGAAGUUCCCGCCAUGGUUAACUGAUGAAGAUUCUGUAGUACCAUCACAAAGGGCCCGAGUACAGUUACCGUAUUCUCCAGACAACUUCAGACGGCUCACCCCCUUUCGCCUCAGCAAUAAGUCUGUAGAUUCCUUUUUGCUAGCAGAUGGCCCAGAGGAGCGACCCAGAGCUUUCCUCCCAGAAACAACAAAUAUGUGACACGAGCCAUAGUGCUGCAGUGACAGGAUACUCUUUCUCAGAUGAGAAACUGCUGCCUUGGAAACCUGACCAAGCAAAACAAAAUGCUUCUGUUUCUGAGACAUCCCUCCACUUCAUUCCAUCUUGCCUUCA